UUCGAGGCAGGCAGCACAUCUGAAUUUGAGAUGGUCAAGGCAUUCAUCUCAAGCCGCUCAAAGGAAACAAAAAUAACAAAGCAACUACAUGCCAUCUGGUACUGUAUUCCAAUGGACAAAGCAAGCAGGGCCUUCACUGCAGGUGAAAAUAAGUUUUUAUCUCAGUGCGACACAGGAACCAUACCAGUGAUUGUAUUAUUCACAAAGUUUGAUGCUCUA